AUGGGCAACCAAAUGAGCGUUCCACAAAGAGUUGAAGACCAAGAGAAAGAACCAGAAACGGAGGCUUAUAAGGAGAAUGCUUCAGCGUGGAAUGGGAUCCCAGUGAUCAUAUCCACCCACACUGUUCAGCUCUACGAUGAAGUGGAUCUGGGCAUAAGCAUGCAGGAGGAUAAUGUGACCACUUCUUCCCCCAAGACAAUGGAGAUGGGCGCUGUGGCCGAUGCCAACGGAAAGAAUCUUGGGAAAGAGGCCAAACCCGAGGCACCAGCUGCUAAAUCUCGUUUUUUCUUGACUCUCUCUCGGCCUGUACCAGGACGUACCGGAGACCAAGGCACGGAUUCAUCCAGCGGACCCGCGAAGCUUGAUGUCAGCUCCAAUAACGCUCCGGGGAACAAAGACCCGAGUGAGGAGCCCGCGCUUCCGGGCGCAGCUGCACCGGGCAGGGCCGCGGAUAAAACCCCAGGGCGGACCCCUGCCCCGGACCAGGCCCUGUCUGCCCCCGGGGCACCCGAGUCAGGGGCGGCCCCCGCCAAGGACACCAGCUUUUUUGACAAAUUAUUCAAACUGGACAAGGGACGGGACAAGGCAGCAGCUGACAUCCAGGAGGAGGCCAGGAGGGCAGAGAGCGAGGACCAGGCGAAAGAGGCCCCCGGAGGCCCGGGGCAGGGCGAUGCGGUCCCUGCAGGGAAGGACCUAGUUGACAGCAAGGAAACAGAAGGACAAGAGGUUGAAACUUUGAAUUGCUCUGUCCCUGGGGACCCAGAAGGACUGGAGAUUGCAAAGGACGACUCCCAGGCAACAAAUACAACAGAGAGUAACAAUUCCAUCAUGAGUUUCUUCAAAACUCUGGUGUCACCUAACAAAGCUGAAACUAAAAAAGAUCCAGAAGAUACGGAUGCUGAGAAGUCACCCACCACUUCGGCCAACCUCAAGUCAGACAAAGCCAACUUCACACCCCAGGAGACGCCGGGGACAGCCAGGAGCCCCAAAGGCUGCAGCCCUUCAGGUGCCGUGCAGCCCUCGACUGGGCCUGAAACCACCAAGGAAGGCGGCAAGGAGAAGUCAGGACCCACCUCUCUGCCUCUGGGCAAACUGUUUUGGAAAAAGUCAGUUAAAGAGGAAUCAGUCGCCCCAGGUGCAGAAGAAAAUGUGGUGUGUGAAUCACCAGUAGAAAUUACAAAGUUUGAGAAAGUAGACUCAGCCUCACAAACAGUGGAUCUCACUGAAGAAGAAGAUGCUAAGCCUGAACCCACGGAAGUAAAACUCAAAAGAGAAGCCAGCAAGCCGCGGAGGACCUCCCUGAUGGCAUUGCUCAGACACAUGUCAGUGAAAGGGGAUGAAGGGAUCCCGCCCUCAGAAGAAAUAAACGGGAAAGACUCCAGCUGCCAUACGUCCAGCUCCACGGAGAAGCCCGCCACGCCACCAGAGCCCGAGCCCGCGCCCGCGGGGGCGGCCCAGAAGGGCUCAGAGGCCUCCUCCAAGGACAAGAGGCCCGCAGCCGAGACCACCAAGCAGAAGAACAGCAAGCAGGAGGCCAAAGAACCCGCCCCGUGCACGGAGCAGGUCACAGUGGACGUGAACUCGCUGCAGAACGGGGGCAAGUCCCCAAAGAAACUGGAGAAACCGCGACAGUCCCUGGGGGGCUUCCUUAGGGGCCUGGGACCAAAGCGGAUGUCAGAUGCUCAAGUGCAGACAGACCCGGUAUCCAUCGGACCAGUUGGCAAAUCCAAGUAAACAUCACCACAGUCCCCACCAGGGUCUCCCACUACCAGGAU